UCCCUCACAGUGUCAGCAGUGUAACUCCAGAGUUGCAGAGUCAUGUUGAUGCACAAAUUCCUCCCCACCAGCAGCACCACCAUCUCCACCGCAGUCUCUGGAAGUCAGCCCACAGCGACGCAGAACAGCAGCGACACGCACAGCUCCGCACAUUCACACUUUUAAUGUGAAGAGAUGCACAUCUGCUGGUUUCCUGACAGCGCGUGAAGCUUCAACCAGCACCCGGGAAAACCUCCUGCUGUCGCGCGGAAAACUCCCCGAAGUGACUCCCGUGUUGUUCUCAUUAUAUGGAGUUUAACAGCUGCUAAACUGGUGCUUUUUUAGGAUAAGCAACACAACAGAAGUUAAAGAAAUCUGCCACCAUACAUCGGAUUGUGCAGCUACACACAUUUGUCAACCACUUCCCCUUUUUUCACGUGGAGCAGUACAUUGCAGAGGAAUCUCUGAAAUGUCAGAAACGAUGACUUUCAAAAGCCUGAAACCUGUAAAAUCUGGAUUUACAGCGAUUUAACGAUGAUGGUUUGACUUGUGCUUUGGGAGCUCUCUGAUCUUGACUCAAAGGCUCAGUCGGUCAUGUUGGAGCCUGGAUCUGUGGACGAGGGAGUAUUAUGUGGUUCACCAUCAGUCUGCAAGUUUGUUUACCCGCCGUAUCUGUGCAGAGAAACAUUUGAGCUGAAUGUAUUUUAUGUGGCAACAGGUUUUUUCUCUGGACUUCUACCUCUACCUGCCGGCUGUUUCCAGGAUCACCAAUGGAUAGUACUGGUAAUCCGUCCCUAAUAAUUGGGACAUUUCUACAAACUGAAUAAAUUAGUGUGUUAAAUUUGAGGCAAAAUGGAGCAACAAAUGGCAUCAGCUCACUGGAGCCUUCGCAAAGGAAUUUUCUUACUAGAAAGUCCAACCCCAAUGGGAUAAGAACAAAAAACUGUACAAGACUGUAAGACUGAGCUUAUUACUCAGAAACAUUGGACUACCUCUCUCCCAGAAUGCAUUGCCCCUUGAGGAAGAAACGUCCCACACGGGACUCUGAUUUCUCGGCCAUCGCCGUCCCCUCGAUGCAAGGUUCAGGUUAUCUUGACUACACGGUCGAGACCCACGCUUCCAGAUCUCUGGAGGUCAUGGAGGAAUUCAGACGGCAGGAGAUGCUGUGUGACCUCGUGCUGCACGUCACAUACAAGGAAAGGACGGUGGACUUCAAGGUUCACAGGGUGGUGCUGGCCUCCUGCAGCCCAUACUUCAGAGCCAUGUUCACCAGCAACUUCAAAGAGUGUCGCGCCUCGGAGGUCACUCUGCGCGAUGUCUGCCCCCAGGUGGUGGGAAUACUUAUUGACUUUGCCUACACCUCCCACAUCACAGUGGGAGAGAAGUGUGUGUUGCACAUUCUUAUGGCUGCUAUGAGGUAUCAGAUGGAGGACGUGGCCAGGGCAUGCUGCGAUUUCCUCACUAAGCACAUAGAGCCUGCUAAUGUCAUUGGCAUCGCCCGUUUUUCUGAGGAGAUCGGCUGCUUCGAAAUGCAACAGCGGAGUCGAGAGUAUAUCAACACACACUUCAAUGAGGUGACGAAAGAAGACGAGUUCUUCAGCCUCUCUCACUGCCAGCUGCUGGAGCUCAUCAGCCAGGACAGCCUCAAGGUGCUCUGCGAGUCCGAGGUGUAUAAGGCCUGCACAGACUGGGUCCGCUGGGAUAUGGAGGGUCGAGCCCAGUACCUGCACGCCCUCCUGAAUGCGGUCCAUAUCUACGCCCUGCCGCCUAAGUUCCUAAAGAACCAGCUCAUGUCCUGCCCCAUCCUCAGCAAGGCCAAUUCCUGUAAGGACUUCCUGUCUAAAAUCUUUCAGGAUAUGACAUUGAGGAAGCUACCUCCUGGCCCUAAUCGCGGCACUCAGCUCAUCUAUGUGGCCGGAGGAUACCAGCAGCAUUCACUGGCCUCCAUGGAGGCUUAUGAUCCGCGGAGGAAUGUGUGGCUAAGGCUGGCUGACAUGGGGUCUCCCUGCAGUGGUCUGGGGGCCUGUGCGCUGUUCGGCCUGCUCUACACUGUCGGAGGCAGGAACCUGUCGCUGCAGAACAACACGGAGUCCAGCGCGCUGUGCUGCUACAACCCGAUGACCAACCAGUGGAGCCAGCGAGCCUCGCUCAACACCCCCAGGAACCGGGUGGGGGUGGGCGUGGUGGACGGCUGCAUCUAUGCUCUCGGAGGCUCCCAGGCCUCCACACAUCACAACACGGUGGAGAGGUGGGAUCCAGAGUCUAAUCGCUGGUCCUUUGUUUGCCCGAUGUCGGUGGCUCGUCUGGGGGCAGGAGUGGCGGCGUGUGGGGGGGUUCUGUAUGUGGUGGGGGGGUACGAUGGGCAGAACCGCUGGGACACUGCUGAGAAAUACCAGCCCGACACCAACACCUGGCAACAACUGGCCCCCAUGACGACUAUACGCAGUGGACUGGGGCUGGUGUGUCUGAACUCUCACCUCUAUGCGAUAGGAGGGUAUGAUGGGCUGAGCCAGCUGUGUUCUGUGGAGCGUUACAAUAUAGCCAGGAACCAAUGGGAGCCCAGGGCCUCCAUGCAGUACUGCCGCAGUGCCCACGGAGUCACGGUGCACCAGGGACGCAUCUUUGUCCUCGGAGGCUUUAACCAGAACGGCUUCCUGUCCAGUGUUGAGUGUUACUGCCCAGACAGAAAUGAAUGGACGUGCGUAACCAACAUGCCCGUCGGACGCAGCGGGAUGGGCGUCGCUGUUACCAUGGAGCCCUGUCCCGGCAGCCUGCCAGAACAAGAGGAGGAUGAGGAUGGAGCCUCAUGAUGAGUACGAAAUCUGUUGAAAUCUCAAGUAUUGAAUACAAGUGGUGCUGCUUUUCAAGAGAGAGUUAAGUGCAUUCAAUAAAAAAAACAUUCCAAUAUGAAAACUACUCACACAUCCCCGCUCUCAUGGAUCUCAUUUGAAUCGUCCCCAUGAAGUACUGCAGAUGUAGAUUAUUAGAUUAUGCAGAAACGCUGAAAAGGACGAAUAUUUCUACAUCUGGUCGGGAAAACUCUUAGCAUGACAGUGACCUCACAAUGAACAAGGUGCUACAGAUGUAAUCAUUGAUAAUGGUACUAUUUAAUUUAGUAUUAUUAUCUCUCACCUGUUUCAAUCACUUAGCGUUUUUAAUGGUAAAUGUACAAAGUGAAUGGCCUCCAGUGUCCUGAUUUUUUUUAAUCCUCACUCUGUGUUGUAUCACUACCUCUUCUCUGUGUCUCUGUCUAUUUGAGCACUUUUCUGAUUGUGUUUUCAUUGUUUUGUGCCAACACAGAUUCACAGAAAACUGCCAUUUUUUUGUAUUUUAUUCAUUUAAUUUGUUUGUAUGUGCAUUCACAAUAUUUAAUUUUGUGUUUCUGAAAAUAAAGUUAAUCAAAUUUGUAUUUCUGCACCA